GAGCAGCAGAGCUUCAGGCUGAGCAGAUCAUCAGGAUCAAUCUGGACGUUUGGACUCUUCAUCAACAAUCACAGGUGGUCUCCAUGUCUGAGCUGAGGGGGUCUCUAAUGGGGGUCCUGGCGCUGGCCUUGGUUCUGGUGGUUUUGGGCCCCCUCCCUGCCCUCUCGGCCCCCCCAGGUGAACCUGAUGGAGAGGUGUUUGACCUGGAGAACUACGACCUGACAGCUGAAGUGGACUGGGAUAACCUGGACGCCAACAUCUAUGGGGACAGCUACGACUACGAGGACCUGGACCAGGAGAUUGAGGUCAGCCCUCUGGUCCCUGACACCGCCCCUCCUGCCCCCCCACCCACACCUGAAGAGGAGGAGGAGGAAGACAUGACUCCACCCACUCAGCCCUCCCUCCCCACCCACCCCCCCACUCUGGAUUUUAAGGUCCCAGGUCUGUUUGGACCUGACAGCGGUCUGGGUAUGCCUACCUGUUUGCUGUGCGUCUGUAUCAGUGGGAGCGUCUACUGUGAUGAUAUCAGUCUAGACCAGAUCCCGCCCCUUCCCAAAGACACAACACGCUUCUACGGGCGAUUCAAUAGGAUCCGACACGUCAAGAACACUGACUUCAGCUACCUGAAGCGGCUCCAGUCCGUCAACCUAUCAGGGAACAGGAUCUCAGAGAUGGACGAGGACGUCUUCCUGUCUCUGUCUCACCUGGAGGACCUGCUGUUAGCUGAUAAUAACCUAAAGAUGCUACCUGAGCUCCCUCGCUCUCUGAAAGUCCUCGACGUCAGGAACAACCAGCUGAGCAGCCGCGGCGUCCACGCAGAGGGUUUUAAGGAAAUGAGUCAACUUCAAUUCCUCUACCUGUCCAACAAUCUCCUGGAUUAUGUUCCCGCCCCUUUGCCACUCAGUCUGAGAGCGCUACACUUGCAGAACAACAAUAUCCAGUCCCUCCAUGUGGACACGUUCUGUAACAGCCAUGACAGGAACUUCAUACGUAGAAACCUGGAGGACAUCCGAUUGGAUGGAAACCCUAUCAACAUAAACCUGUUUGGCGCCGCCUACAUCUGUCUCCCCCGACUACCUGUGGGUGGGCACUGACCACCUGAGGAGAAAAUCAUUGGAUGUAAAGUCACGUUAGCAUCAGGGUGGAUAAGCGAUUCAGCAGAUAUUAGCAUUAGCAUUAGCCAUGACAACAUUGAUAUAUGAGACGUAUGUUUACAUGGCGGACAUCUUGGAGAGGGGUGAGAACAGCUCAAAGGAAACAAAACUGAGUGAUGUCAGGAGGAAAAUCUGAUUUAGAAGUGCUUAUAUCAGAUCUUUGUUACAGAAACAUCAAAGAAUAAAAGGCUGGACUCUUACAUGAUGUCAUAGGCAACAUUUGGACUGGAGUAAGAUCAAACAUGGCUCCUCCCUCUUUUCCAAAUAAAGGUAAAACAUUACCAUCUCUCCCUGAUCAUAAAUAUCAGAUGUUUGGGAUAAAUUUAACCAGUCUAUAAUUAAGCUCAUGUUUUAGUGAGGUGGUAACGUUGUCAGGCACACGGGUCAUUAUCACCCCUCACCAAGAUGGCGUCCUGGAAAGGACUCCACCUGUCAACUUUAAAAAUGUUUCAUCAGUAAAGAGCUUCUUUAUUUAAACACUGAUUCACUGAAUGUCUAAAUAAACAUAAAAAAGUUUUUUUCUGGUUUUUAGAAAUGUUAUCAUUAAUAUCAAUAACAUCAUUAUUAACACAUCUGUACCAGUUAAUAUGUUUGUUCUCAAGUUUUCUACCAUUCAUUGAUAAUGGAUUUACCCACUUGAUUUUAUGUAGAAGUAUUUAAUUAAAUGUUAGAGAGAAAAACUAGAACAUAAUUGAUUUAAACCACUGGGAGGUUUUAAUAGAGCUGUAAGAGAAAUUCUGAAAAAUAAAGAAAAUAAAUAAAUAAAUAUGGUCUAUA